UUUUGGCGGACUUCAAGUGCGCUGUGUCAAGUCGAGACGCAACGAGCUGGUGUGCAAUUUAAUUCGCGAGAAUCAGCCCAGUACGUUGCUAUUGUUAUAGUGUCACAAGCCGCAAGAAACUCAAACUACCUCGAACUACCGUGUGUAUGUAUUGGAUAUGCAGUCGAAUUCGACCGAGACUGUGAUCGUAACGAUGAAUAUUGAGCCGAAAAGCCGCCCAUGGCCAGUUGCGCCGAAAAAAACCAUACGGCUUCGUAUUCCCGGCCCUAGGGGCAAGUGUUUCACAAACCGGCUCGAAUGGCAAGAGCGGAUGGCAGCGAAACAAAUCAAGCCAAGACCACGUCGAAAGGAUUUCCGCAUCAAAGAGCAAGCGAACAUGCACAACAGCAUCAUUCAAUAUACACGCGACAAUGCCGAAUCAGACGAAAGCGAUGAUGAUUCUGGAACGUUGAUUCCUGGUAAUGAUGUGUUGAAUAGCAGCAUAGCAUCAAUCAAUAUCAGCGGAAGCCAGAAGGAAAUUGGUCACAACAGCGGUGAAGCCAUCAACGAGAUCCGGGACUGUGAAAGCGAACCGCACAAUCAACGCCAUGCAAUCACUACAGCAUCACUCAACCCUGAACAUGCCAUUUACACCGAACCAGGUGUAACGGGUGUACUGACACAGCGGCGGGGCAAGUCCACGGAGUCAGUGCAGGUCCGCCACCAAAACGAUGGGCCGCCUGUUCCGGCAUUGUAAGCACAAGGAGGCGCGUAGUCUAAUCGCAAAUCUAAUCAAUUAGAGCAAAUAAGAAAAACAGAGAAAAACUACAAAAAAGUUUCGCCUAUCGCUCUC